GGUGAACUUGCCUUCUCCUCAUGAACUCACAGCCCCAGGCUGCCUCCUGCCACUACUUUUAAUAACCUGUUGCCCUCAUUACCAACUCUUCAAUCUUCAUCAUUUCAACAAUACUCCAAGCAACACAUCACUCUAUCAAAUUACUUGAUCCAAUCACUCUACCCAAUCACCUCAUCAUCAAAUCAUUCCAAAAAAAAAAUGACCACGGACACCUUGAGAUCUCAGGGAUCUCUCAACCCUCAACGAUCCGGCGAUAAGAUUGUGCCUGUCGACAGCAGCAAAGAGCCCCAGUCAGCGUCCCCCGUCGAACCAUGGAGAGCUGAGCUCGAAGAGCAGAUAGCCAACCUGGAGAGUUGGGGAGAUGAACAAGAAACAGAAAUCGCUUCAAUCAUUCUCAAAAUGCUCCUCUCAUUUCCUGAAAAAGGAUACCUGGCCACUCUUGAAGCUUCACUCCGUAUAGGGGCUGAUUACUGGGCUAAGUUCCUUCCUUCGAGCUGGGACCCUCUUAAUAAGCCCUACAUGAAAGACGAUAAAGGCUGGCCCAUGUACCUCGCUGGCGUUUACGGCACGAUUUCCUACCAGUCAUGGCUGCUGCGUUAUGACGAUCCUCGCCAAGACUGCUUAGUGCACCUCUUGGUCGACUUGCAGAAUCUGCCCAAGGUGACAUACCGGAGUUAUGGUGAAGAACAUCAUGCAUACCACAAUGACCCAGUCUUUACCUCAAUGUGUAACGAGAACUGGAGUGCCAAAUUUGCAUCCGACCGACCUGAACCGACCGACCCCGAAGCAAAGAAGGAUUUCAUCCUUACUUGCGACGAGUGGGUCAAUUUCUCCUCGUUCUUGGCCCGGUAUCAUGGCUCCAAAGCAUAUCAGCCACGCCCUGGGGCCCUGAAGUAUCCAAGCGUCGACAUUGAGCUCGCCCUUGAAAAGCCCCUUCCUUCUGGAAAGCUCGGCGAAUGUAGAUUGCUGGUGGCAUCCAACUGGUUUAUUCAUGCUGGAAAACUCAUCUACGACAACAUGGCGGAGACGGACACGAAGAACUGGAAUCUGGGUGUAUGGACCCUCUGGACGAAGGCUAUUCGCGAUAUCCUGCAGGCUGGGGGUCAGACGAAUGAAGUGACCGCGAGACUCCAAGCCGCUUUAAACAUGGUCGUCUCGUUAACCCCAGAGGGGAGUGAGGUAAAGGGAAGCAGUGAGCUUAGAGAGAGCAGCGAGACUCUGAAGAAAAGCGAGAUGCAGGAGAGCAGUGAAGUUAAGGAGAGCAGUAAGUUGAAGGAGAGUAGCGAGGCUCAGGAGAGUAGCGAGGCUCAGGAGAGUAGUGAGGUUAAGGAGAGUGGUGAGGUUAAGGAGAGUGGUGAGGCUAAGAAGAGCACUGAGGCUCAAGAAAGCAGCGAAGUUAAGGAGGGCAGUGAGGCCAAGUAGUGUCACAGCCAUGGAACCAGUCGGUUACACCAGGUUCUCGGGGUACAUGUAGGCAAGACGUACAAAACUAGUGCGACGUAUCAAAUGUUUAAGUCGAGAGCUCGCUGCGGCGCGACCUAUACCGGGG